AUGCCUGAAUUAAGCUACGAGGAGAUAAUCGAUCAUAUCGUCAGUGACAAACCCUUACCAAAUGUUGUGGCGGUGCCAGACGUUACGUUGUGUGAAUCUUUAAGGACUGUAUCAGAAAUACCAUCAAGACCCAAACCUUGGGAAAUUGCCAACCAAAGUACAUACAGUCUAGACGGAGAUGGUAAUGACCUCGCAACUUCUAUUGCGUUUUCGCAGGAAAGUUCUAUACAGGUGCAAGAGGAAUACGAUCGCUUAAAUACGGAUGUUGAUUCAAGCUACUACUUAGGAGAAAAUGAGCUCGAUGCGCAAUAA